AUGGAAAGUCAAAGUCAACCCAUUACACUCAUUUGUAACAACGAAUUUUUAUAUAUUGAAGAAAACUUUGAAACCAGAACCACAAACUUUUCUUUGUUUCAUGUUUUCAAUCUAAAAGGUCCCAUAAACGGUAUUUCUUUAUCUGGUAUUGUUAUACCGACCUCACUUGAUAAAUUUUACGAAUUUGAAGUGUCUGAAUAUGAUGGCACUUCCUUUAAGGUUAAAAUUCUUUUCGUCAACCAAACCCAUUUAGAUUUUGUCAAUUUGUUACGCGUUGCUGCAGAAGAUUUGUAUUUCGUUUCUGAAAAUGGUUUCUCUGAUUGGGUUCCUAUCGAUUCUAUAACACUUCGAUUGAUUUAUCCAAAUGCAAAUUCGGUAAACCUAAUUGGAAAUCUUACAGAAGAACAACAGAUAGAUGAGCAUAACUUGAUUGAAGAAUCCAUUUCACCUGAUUAUGGUGAUGUUGAAUGGCUUUCACGCAAACUGAAAGAGAUGGCAUUACUUUUUCAAUCAAAAUCUGAUAUGCCAGCUGAUGUGUUGGAAGGUCUUUUUAGUUCCAUGUUUCCGAGACGUGUUACAACUAUGAACAUUAUUGAGGGAGUUGGAAUUUUAAUUUCUGCUAUGGAUCAUAGAUUGAAAUAUCGAUUGAUUCGAAAUAUCUUUAAGAAGUUGGCCUCUCUUAUCAAAAAUAAUAAUUUGAAAUCGAUGCUUCUUGAAAACCGAUUUGUGCCAGAUUUUCAUUUCAAUAUUAUUCUUAAUCUUUGGACCCUUAUUGAAAGUUUUAAGGUCAUUAAUAAAACAUGUGAAGUGCUCAGGGAUUCCGAUGAGAAAUUCAAAAAUAUUUUGGCAGUAGAAAGUUCAAACUUUAAAACAUACCUUGAACACGUAGAUAUUUUGAUUUUAAACAUUUUAACUAUUCUCGCUAAUGAGCAAUAUGAUUUACUUCAAUCACGCUUAUCAAUUUUCAUCAAAGCGAUUGAAGAUUUGAUGAAACUCAUCGAAUUGAUAUCCGUCAAGUGUAAUGAGCAUUUAAAAGAAAUAGAAUCUGAAGAACAAGUCGCGAAAAGGAAAGCAUUGCUACAUCUUGGAAUUGCGGCUGUUGAAGUAAUCUAUGGUUUCUCAAUGUACAGAUCACGUAGUACAGUUCAGAGAAUUACUGAGGGUGCAAUAUUUGUAGCAAAUGGAUUUGCUUUUGGUAAAUCGUUUGCUGCAAAACAACAAUUUGUUGAGGCUAUUAAUCAACAAAGCAACACACUCAGGAGAUUACAUGAAUUACAUGCUACUUUCACUCAAAUGUCCAAUCAAGGAAAAAGACUCGUAUUGGAUUUAAGUGGCGAAGAGAUGUCGUAUCAACGUGAAACGUUGAUCGAGGAAUUCGUGGAAUUUAGAAUUCAAUGCAAAAAUUUUGCUUGUGUGUUGGAUGAACGGUCUUUUCACGCAACAGCUAUUUUAAGACAACGUAAAGAUUAUUAUGAACUUUUGGGUGUAGACAAGAAAGCUUCCCAAGCCGAGAUCAAAAAGGCAUAUUAUGGUCUUGCGAAAAAGUAUCACCCGGAUACAAAUAAAGAUCCUACGGCGAAAGAAAAAUUUGUACAAAUUCAGGAAGCAUAUGAUAUAUUAUGCGAUGAAGAAAAGCGAGCACAAUAUGAUCAAUUUGGAUCAUCAUUUGCAGAGGGUGGACCAACUGGAGCAGGUGGAUUCCCUAGCGGAGCGAACUUUGAGGGUUUUGGUGGGUUUGGUUUCAAUGGCCACAACGAUCUUUUCAAUCAAUUUUUUGGAGGGGCAAGAGGAUUUGGCCCAGGAGGAAGACAAUCCGCCGAGUUUGGACAACCAUUCGUGACCGGAUCGGAUAUAGAAAUAGGAUUAAGCUUAUCAUUUAUGGAAGCAGUAAAGGGAGUAACGAAAAGUAUUAUGGUAGAAUCGAUCGCAAAAUGUAAAUCAUGCAAAGGAUUGGGAACCAAAGGAAACAAAAAACCGGAUACAUGUAAAGCAUGCAAAGGCAGCGGAGUAAUAUUUUUGCAAGUGGGUUCAGGAUUUCACAUGCAAAGUGUGUGUUCUGAAUGUGGUGGCAAAGGUACUAGAAUAUCUGUGGCAAAUCAAUGUCAAACAUGCGGUGGUAAAGGACAAGUGAAAGAAAGAAGGACUGUUUCAGUCCCCGUUCCUGCAGGGGCGGAAGAUGGAAUGAGGCUUCGUAUACCGAAACAAGGAGAUAUGCCUCUUGGCAGUGAAGGAACACCAGGAGACUUAUAUGUUAGAUUACAAGUUUCACCACAUAAAACAUUUAAACGACUAGGACCACAUAUUCAUGUUGAUGCAACAGUUCCAUUUUAUACAGCUAUGUUGGGUGGAUAUAUCCAUGUACCUACAAUAGACGGAGAGGUUGAACUUAAAAUUCCGUCAGGUACUCAACCUGAACAACAAGCUCUUUUGAAAAAGCGUGGUGUGACAAGUAUAGAUAGUCAUUAUCGUGGUGAUCAGAUCGUUACUUUUAAAGUCACUUUACCAAAGACACUUGACCCUAAACAACGCGAAUUAAUUGAACAAUUUGUAUCUGUAACCGAGGGAACACGACCAAAUGAAGCUAAAGAAGGUGGUGAUGGAUUCUUCAAGAGCACAUUUG